AUUAUUUACAUUAAUCUAUUAGAAUCCUAUCCCGUUCCGCUGAUUAUACAGUUCAUACUUAUGUUUCAACUUGACCGUCAAUAAUUGUACAUUUGUACCUUUAGGUGGGGUCAGUUUUAAACAAAUAUGUAGAACUAGAAUCAGUAAGCUAAUCAACCUCGGUGCAGGAAGUUGUAAUAAGGGUUAUCUUUCGCAUCGUUUUUAAAGAUUAUAAAUAAGUUUAUUGUGUUAACCUAAGUUUAUUUUAGUGCAUAUUACUAGUUUUCGGUUUUGUAUCCAAUUGUUAAUUUUGUUGAAGAAAGUUAAACACGAUGAAAGGUAAUUUUGCUUUGAUAAUUAUUUUUUGUUGUGUCCUUGCUGUGUUUGCUUCUAAGCCAAUUAAGGGGAAUGCCACUCGAAUAAAUUAUUCUGAAGUGAUUCGUACCAAACCGAAACCCUCAUUCCCAGACCCUCGUUAUUUUGACUGGGAACUAUGCAAGGCUCUGCAUGCCACAGAGAAGAAAAAUGCUGUUGUAUCUACAUUAAGUGCUAAGUUGGUAUUACUAAUGAUUUAUGAAGGAGCACUAGGAAAUACCGCUAAACAAAUAGAACAAAGCAUUGGAUUCUUUGGUCAUGGAAAAGAUAUAAAGCUGCUUUAUUCACAUAAGUUACAAUCAUUACAAGAUCAUGUUAAGGAUGAUUAUGAAUUGGAUAUUGGUACAACAUUAUUUAUUGAUACAUCAGUUAAACUUAAUGAUGAGUUUUUAGCAACUAUUACAGAGACAUACAAUUCUAGUUACCAAAAAAUAGAUUUUAGUAAACCUGAAAAUGCUGCUUAUUUAAUAAAUCAAUGGGCACAAAUUAUGACCCAUGGACAUAUACAAGAGUUAAUAACUGCAGAUGAAACCGAUAAAAAUACUGUUCUUCUUUUGUUGAAUGCUAUAUAUUUUAAAGGUGGUUGGAAAAAUCAAUUUGAUAAAAAUCUUACCAAGAUUGGUACAUUUUAUUUGAACUCUAAUUCUACAGUUAAUGUUCCAUUGAUGACUACUUAUAAUGAUUUUAAUAUUACUACUUUAAAGUCAUUGAAUGCACGAAUAAUAAGUUUACCAUAUAAAGGUGAUAAAUUUGUUAUGUAUAUAAUAUUACCAGAUUCUCUUGAUGGUUUAGAUAAUUUGAUUGAUAAUCUUAAUCCUUCAAUACUAAGUGAAUCAAUAAAAAAUAUGACAAAAGUUUUUUCAAAAGUUGUGUUGCCGAAAUUUAAUUUUGAGUAUACAUCAGUUCUUGCUCCAUUAUUAAAAAAGUUAGGGAUUACUGAUAUGUUUGGAAAAAAUGCAAACUUAACAAAACUAGGGUAUGGUCCAUUUGGUAGUCAGCUUAUGGUAUCUAGUGUUCUUCAAAAAGCUGGAAUUGAAGUAAAUGAAGAAGGAAGUAUCGCACAUGCUAUAACUGAAGCUGCUGUAGGUAACCGAUUUGGUGAAUCAGUUGAACAUUUUGAAGUAAACAGGCCAUUUUUAUUCAUGUUGGAAGAUAUUAAAAUGCAAACUAUUGUAUUUGUUGGACAAGUGAUGAAUCCAUUUAUAUCAGGAUUACCUGAAGUUUCUAAUUCUUUGACUCAUACUCCAGAUUCAAUGAAACCUGUAUUAAAUGACCUUGAUCUGAAAAUGAAUCUAGAAUCAGAUGAUAAUGUCCAACGAUUUAAUUUUUUUGAUUCUGAACUAUUUGAAGAAUUAAGUAGUUAUGAAAUUGAUUCAAAUUUUGUAGCUUCUCCCAUUAGUAUAAAAAUAAUUUUAUCAUUACUGUCAGAAGGAGCUCGUGGAGAUACUUUGAAUCAGUUGUAUAAUAUAUUACGUUUACCAAAUGACCAAUCGACACGGCAUAAUUUAUUACGUCAAACUCAGUUAUCUAUAAAGAGUAGCAUAAUGGAUGUGGUAGUUGUCAACAAUAUCUUUGUUCAAAAUAAAAUGAUAUCAAAUUAUUUCAAAGAAACUGCAAAGGAUUUAUACUCAACAAAUAUAUCUGAAAUUAAUAUCAAUGAUAUUGACGCAUCAAUACAAUUUAUCAAUAAACAAAUUUUGUUAGAUACAAGAGGACUUGUCAAAAAUAUAAUAUCUAAAGAUGAUUUUGAUGGAAACACUCAACUUUUAUUGGCUAACAUCCUUUAUUUCAAAGGUGAUUGGUUAGUGGAAUUUAAUGAAAAAAACACUAAAAAAGAAUGUUUCUAUACAAAACCUAAUGAGUGUGUGAAAGUUAAUAUGAUGUAUUUAAAUGAUGAUGUGUCAUACCAAUACAUAUCAGCUAUUAAUGCUCAUGCAGUUGAACUUCUUUACAAGGAUACGAAUUUUUCAAUGAUAAUAUUAUUACCAGAUGGAAGCAUAACAAACUUAUUUAGAGACCUACAACAUUAUCCUCUUUCAAAAGUAUUUUCUUCAUUUCAUAAAAGAAAUGUUAAUUUGCACUUGCCAAGAUUCAAUAUUAAUUACUCUACAAAACUGAUGUCUGUUCUUCAAAAGAUGAAGUUAACAUCAAUAUUUGGUCAAAAAGCAAAUCUAUCAUUGAUAUUUGAUCCUGCUAUUCAAGUCUUCGUAAAGGAUGUCAUACAUAAAGUAACAAUUGAAGUCAAUGAGAAAGGUUCAAAAGCCAGCGCAGUAACAGCACUCACUGUUAUGACUUUAAGUUAUUCACCAAACACGGCUCCAGUAAUAAUAAAUGUGAAUAAGCCUUUUGGAUUUUUCAUUAUUAACCGUGUUACAAAGAGUGUACUCUUUGGUGGUCAAAUAUAUGAUGUAAAUCUUUCUAAUCCCACACACAUGAUGCAGAAAGGAUUUGAUAUUCAGCAAUUGUAAUUAAGAAUUAAAAUGCAAUUAAAAUUUAUAAUUGUGAAGUUAAUAUAUAAAUAUAUUUAUGAUAUAUCUUAA